AGAAGCCGUGACUCGGCAGCGGGAGGACCCGGAUGUAAGUCCGGCAAGAUGGCGGCGGAUAUGAGGCCUGAAGGCGGGGCGCAGCCGCCGUUGGAGCAGGAAGGCGCCCAAGUCCUUCAGCAAACCGUGGUUUCACUGCUCUCAGACUAUGGCUGGUUCAUCCUCUUCAGUCUUAUUGCUGUUUAUUUACUUGUACAAAAACUUUCCAAAACGUUUCAAGGCACCAGCAAGCCCGCUUUGGAUACAACAGCUAUUGAACCUGAUGCUGUGGUUAGACAACAAGAGGCUUUGCUUGCGGCCCGUCUGAGAAUGCAAGAAGAACUGAACGCACAAGCAGAAAAAUUCAAAGAAAAACAGAAAAAGCUUGAAGAGGAGAAACGAAAGCAGAAGAUAGCCAUGUGGGAAAGUAUGCAGGAAGGCAAAAGUUACAAGGAGAAUCUCAGACAGAACCAGGAACCUCAGUCUGAGGCCUCAACAUCAACCGGUGUGCCAAAGCCAAAACCGAAAAGCAGACCUUUACGAGAGGGGGGUUACAACCCUCUGUCUGGAGACGGUGGCGGGACCUGCUCAUGGAGACCCGGACGCAGAGGUCCUUCAUCGGGUGGAUGAGGCUAACUUCUGCCGGUGUCUUCUUUGGACACUGGCAGAUAUUAAUCUGGCCCCAUAGCUGUGGCUGUCUGUGGGUUGCUUGACACAGGGACUUAAUGGAGGGUAGAUUAGUACUUUAGUGACUCAGAGAUAUAUGAAAGGAAAAAAUGUAAAUGCAGCUGGAAGUGCCAUGAAAGCAGCAAGAAGAAAAUGGUAGAAGCAGAAAGGAAAUCACGUCAUUGAGGAUGACUUCAUUUUUCUUUUUAAGAGCGAAGCAUUGUCAUCCAUGCGUUCCCUCAGGUUCUUUUUUGUGUGCAAUGGGAACGUCUAUCGCGUAAGAGUUUAGGACCAAACUCCCUGCCAAAGUGCCUUGGGCUCUGCAGGGGAGAAAACCUGCUUGAAAUGGCAUGUUUCCCUGAUCCAAUUUUUGGGUUUUUUUCGUCACAAUAGAUUAAUAUCCAGCAAAGGCAGAGCAAGACAAUUGGUAGUCGAUCCAUUAUUCUUGUAUCAUAUCGUUUUUGUUUUUUACUCUUUGUUUGCCGCUUUGAGUCCCAUCCGUGGAAGAAAAGCGGGAUAAAAAUUAAUAAAUAAUAUUAAUAUUGGUGAAGGCUUUCAUGGCCAGAAUCAUUGGGUUGCUGUUAGUUUUCUGGGUUGUAUGGCCAUGUUCCAGAAGCAUUCUCUCAUGACGUUUCACUUGCAUCUAUUUAGGCAUCCUCGGAGGUUGUGAGGUCUGUUGGAAACUAUUGGAGUUUAUAUAUCUGUGGAACGUUCAGGACUCUUGCCUGCUGGAGGCAAGUGUGAAUGUUGCAAUUGGCCACUGUGAUUAGCAUUGAAGGCACUACAACUUUAAAUCCUGGGUGCUUCCUGCAUGGGGGAAUCCUUUGUUGGGAGGUGUUAGCUGGCCCUGAUUGAUUCAUGUCUGGAAUUUCCCUAUUUUUUGAGAGUUGCUCUUUAUUUAUUGUCCUGAUUUUAGAGGUUUUUUUUUUAAUACUGGUAGCCUGAUUUUGUACAUUUUCAUGCUUUCCUCCUUUCUGUUGAAACUGUCCACAUUCCAGAGGUUGUGGACAUUCGACAGAUAUAUAAACCCCACUUGCCUAGUUUCCAACAGACCUCACAAACUCUGAGGAUGCCUGCCGUAGGUGCAGGUGAAACGUCAGGAGAGAAUGCUUCUGGAACAUGGCCAUACAGCCCAGAAAACUCACAACAACCCUAUUAUUAUUAUUAUUAUUAUUAAUAAUAAUAAUGGAUCUGAGAAUAAGCAUUUAAAAUGGCGCUGCUUUGGAUUUUGAGACCCCAGGUGUCUCCUGCCAACAGCUUUCAAACUGGCUGAGCCACACACUCAUCUGGUUUGGAAAUGUAUCCAGUCAUCCUUUGAGGUCAUAUCAAAAGACUAUUUGAGUUUGGUUUUGGGGUUCAGCUCCUCAUAAAGGUGGAGCGAUAGAUGCAACACACUGAGAAACUCCCUGUAACAAGCAGCAACAAAUGACGCGGUCCUUAUAAAUGGUGGACACAUCACUGAGGACCUCCGAAGAUAAGACAGCUGAUUGGGGACAGUUCUUGCCCUGCCCUCGUUCUGUUUCAUCUGCUUUGUAAGACAACAUACUGUAAAUAACAUUUGCAGCCUUCUCCCUUUCGGUGGCUCUUUUCUAUACAGGAAAGUAUGUAUUCUUGCUUACUGACCACGUCUCAAGACUGCCGUCCUGUACACACGUACCGCGGAGUAAGCCAUAUUGGACUGUGUGUGCUUACUUCUAGGUAAACAUGUUUAUGACUGUGGGUAAAACAGGUUGCAUUGUUGGUGUGUGGCUUGUUCCGGACCGAAGGUCUCCUCACCUUCCAUUUCAAACUUGCUUAAUAAAAUCUAUUUCUUUAGCAUCCGA